ACAUUCACACAGUUCUUUGAUGCUCUACUGUGUGUGUGUUCAGGGAUCCUGGUAGGAGCAGGUAAACAGAAGAUAGCUGCUCUGUCUAACCUGGUCUCGUACUAUUGCAUUGGCCUUCCAGUCGGCAUCGCUCUGAUGUUCGCUGCCAAGCUCAGGAUACUAGGUUUUUGGGCGGGUCUCUCUCUCUGUGUCAUCCUCCAGACUGGGUUCUUCAUCGUCGUCAUCUUCAAACUCAACUGGCAACACGUAACCAAGGAGGCCCAGGUGCGUGCUGGGAAGAGAGGGCUGGGAACGUGUGUUCCAGCGAAGCCUCCUAUUGGUCAGCCGCUGAUUAAAACUCUGCUUCCAGAAGGCUCUCGAAGCACUGACAUGUCCCAGCCAGAGGGCGAUGAAUCCAAACCGCCUGGUUACACCCAGGGAGGAGGAGGAGGAGGAGGUGGUGAGGAGGAGGAGGAGCAGGAGGAGGAGGGCCCAGGUGUCCAGUCCAAAGGUCUGCUGUCUGCCUCCCAGCUGGUUCUGAGGAGAGGUUUCACUAUGCUGGCUGCAGUACUCCUCCUAGCCACAGGGGUCGCUGUUCACCUGGCCUGUCCCCCUCCUGCACUCUCCAUCCACAGCCGCUCCAACCUCACCUUGGACUGGACCAACUCCUCCACCCCCACACCCCCCCUGGAGCUCAACUCACCCCUCUGAGACAGGAGAGGAGGGACUGGGUUGUCUCUCUGCAGGGAGUGUAUGAAGUGUACAGCACAGCGCUGGGGUCCUGAGACUCUCCUGACCACUGACCUGUCAAACCUCAGGUCAGAGGAACAGCUGCCCCCGUCUCCUCUCCCCCCGUGGCCGUCUGCACUACUGUUCCUUCUGAAGAUAUGCUUUCAGUCUCCUAACAUGUUUCCAAUAUAACUGUCUUUCAUUGUGAUGUCACCUCAGCCUAAUGUUGACUUCAACAGUUUUAAUCUAAUUUCACUGGAAGCAUGGAAUCAGUGUAAAUGUCUGAUGUCCAAUCUAUGGGAUUGUUUCCAAUUGUAUGUUGAUAUAUUUGCACUUGUUUCUACUGUGUAUAGCUAAAUCACUGCAAUUGGCCUACUACCAGUUGAAACAGUGCUUUCAAAUUGUCAAAUAAUAGACUAACAGUGAGUUCUCAUUGAAAUGUCCAGCCCAAUGACAAGUGGUCAAAUCAAUAAAAAAAAGUAUUCUAUU